AUAGUGAUGCUGUUACACCAAUCCGGUCAGAGCGAGCUCAGAAGACUUCAUCGGCAGGGACGUUAUCAACCGUCAUCACAGACCAGGAGGAGGAUGAUGUGGACACAGAGAGUAUGCCCAUUGCACCCCAGCCUCCCAGGUCCCCCAACCCUCGAACAAUGAACCAGAAAGAUGCACCAUCCUCAUUCACCACAGAGAAUUCAUCACAGUUCAAUCAGGAAGGCAAUAAUGCUGAUGGACCUGCCAUGGGUGCUGUUGGACCUCGGGUUUACACCCCCGACCCCGGUGAGGAUCUGGAUGACUUUGUUCUCCGACCUGCGUCACAGGGUGUAACCAUCAAAUGUCGUAUCACAAGGGACAAGAAGGGUGUGGAUCGUGGUAUUUUCCCUACCUACUUCCUUCACAUGGAGAAGGAUGAUGGCAAAAAGACAUUCCUGUUAGCUGGAAGAAAACGGAAGAAGAGUGCGACGUCAAACUAUCUGAUCUCAACUGACCCCACCGACCUGUCACGUGCAGGAGAGUCUUUCAUUGGCAAACUCAGGUCUAACCUUCUAGGGACACAGUUCACGCUGUUCGAUAAUGGUGACAACCCCAAGAAAGCUGGGGAUGGGGCGAGACGUGAGAUGGUUGCUGUUGUUUAUGAAACAAAUGUGUUGGGCUUCAAGGGUCCUCGCAAGAUGACAGUCAUCAUCCCUGGGAUGAAUCUGGACCACGAAAGAGUGGACAUCAAACCUAGAGGGGACCAUGAUGGGCUGGUAGAGCGGUACAAGAGGAAACACAUGGAGAACCUUCUGGAGCUUCACAACAAAACACCAGUCUGGAAUGACGAGACCCAGUCCUACGUGCUGAAUUUCCACGGACGUGUCACCCAGGCUUCAGUGAAGAACUUCCAGAUAGUACACGACAAUGAUGUUGACUACAUCGUGAUGCAGUUCGGCCGUGUGGCAGAGGACGUGUUUACCAUGGACUUUAACUAUCCCAUGUGUGCUCUACAAGCGUUUGGCAUAGCACUCAGUAGCUUCGACGGCAAGUUAGCGUGCGAGUGACCUUCACCUUGGAUACAUUAUAAGAUGGCUGAUGGACAGUGGGAAUCCGAGUGAUGUAGUACUGCCUGCUGCAUGGCAACACUGCAUGGCAACGGGGUGCAAUCAGUAGGAAUAUCUAUAUCUCUAUAUAUAUGUAUAUACGUGUACUAAGCCAAAGCAUGGCACGGCCCCGUGUGAGCCUGACUUGCCAUGCAGAGAUGAGCUACAAGAAGGAAUAUUCACAAAGUAUCUAGCUUUUUGUCUUUCAAGAUCUAGGUCACAAGAAAUAAGUUCAAGUGCUAACGGGAAACUUGAAGGAAUACUGACUUGUCAGAGCGAGCAGGUGGAAGUAGGGCUGCUCUGCAUGACAGGGUAUGUUUCUCACAUGUGUUCUUCAGACAGAGUGGGCCUUGCUACAUCGGAAUCUGGACGCGUCAUCGGAUGUUGCAGCAUCAUUUCCAUGCAUUGACUUCAUCAGGACCUGGCGUCUCCUUGUCUGGUCAGAUGUGUGCUUGGCCUGCCAUUUAGUUUAGUUUGUAAACUUACAAUUUUGAGUUUAUGUCUAGGUACUCAGUAGACAUAGCACCUACUCAAGUGUGCAUCAUGUUUCACUUAGAAGAGUUUAUUUGAAUUUCUGUACGCUGAUGCUAGAGCUAUGUGUGAUGUACGAGGUUGGAGAUCCAUCCAGCCAGAGGUUGUGAAUGUUUGUAAUAUUUGUGAAGCAAUUGUCGUAGUUAUGCAAUGUCUUAGAGGAGAUGUCUUAGAGGAAAUGAAUCAAAAUAUGAUGAUGUUAAAUGACAACAAUUUCACCUCUUCUCUGGCUUUGUUCGUGGAUUCUUUCCGCAUGUCCGAUGUUUUAUUUAUUUGAUAUUUUGUUGUGCUGUUAGCACACUCAGUGACUCCGCCCAUUUCACAUGGCGGUAUGGCCUACCCACACUAGCCAUUGUCCUACUGCCCCUUUAAUCAUGUCCACAUUCCAGCAAUGCUGUGAUCCAUGAACACCCACCGUGUCUGGGAAGUAGAAACUAAAUUAACACCAGAUUUCAGCUACUUACCUGUCAUCCAUUUUUAACUGAUAUACAUUUUUUUAAUAAAUACAAAUAUUAUUUUGGCAUUAGACAUUGACUCAUUGUUUUCAUGAAGGAUAUCACAGUCAUCAAAAACAGGUAAAUUAUCAAGUAAUAAAUCAAAUGUUGGUGUACUAUAUGUCAUGUUAUUUAGCUGAUACUGAC